AUGCCAGGAAGAACUCGUCCAGUCGAGAAAAUUGCCAAAGCUUCAGCCCAAUGCUCCGUAGAGGUUGCGGCAUACGGCAAAUGUGUUGUUGCGGAUUACAACUCGGUACAUAAAGAUAUGUGUGCUAAAGAAUUCAUGCGACUGAAGAAUUGCUAUCUGGCGGCAUCCAAAAAGGGCUAA